AUGGCUACCUUGCCUGCGGAGCCGAGCGCAGGGCCAGCGGCCGGAGGGGAGGCUGCGGCAGCGGCAACUGAGGAGGAGGAGGAGGAAGCGCGCCAGCUCCUGCAGACUUUGCAGGCGGCCGAGGGUGAGGCGGCGGCAGCGGCCGGGACCAGGGCGGGCGAAGCGGCGGCGGGAGCGGAGGGCCCAGGGUCCCCGGGCGUCCCCGGGUCGCCCUCCGAGGCCGCUGCCGAGCCGCCCACGGGCCUCCGCUUCUCGCCCGAGCAGGUGGCGUGCGUGUGUGAGGCGCUGCUCCAGGCAGGCCACGCCGGCCGCUUGAGCCGCUUCCUGGGCGCGCUGCCCCCGGCCGAGCGCCUACGUGGCAGCGAUCCGGUGCUGCGCGCGCGGGCCCUGGUGGCCUUCCAGCGGGGCGAGUACGCCGAGCUCUACCGGCUGCUCGAGAGCCGCCCCUUCCCUGCCGCCCACCACGCCUUCCUGCAGGACCUUUACCUGCGCGCGCGCUACCACGAGGCCGAGCGGGCCCGCGGCCGCGCACUGGGCGCGGUGGACAAGUACCGGCUGCGCAAGAAGUUCCCGCUGCCCAAGACCAUCUGGGACGGCGAGGAGACUGUGUACUGCUUCAAGGAGCGCUCCCGCGCCGCGCUCAAGGCCUGCUAUCGCGGCAACCGCUACCCCACGCCCGACGAGAAGCGCCGCCUGGCCACGCUCACCGGCCUCUCGCUCACGCAGGUCAGCAAUUGGUUCAAAAACCGGCGACAGCGCGACCGGACCGGGGGCGGCGGCGGCGCGCCCUGCAAGAGCGAGUCUGAUGGGAACCCCACCACCGAGGACGAGUCCAGCCGGAGUCCCGAAGACUUGGAGAGGGGGGUGGCCUCAGUGGCUGCGGAGGCCCCGGCCCAGGGCUCCAUAUUCCUGGCUGGGGCCACCCCUCCGGCGCCCUGCCCUGCCUCCUCCUCCAUCCUGGUGAACGGGAGCUUUCUGGCUGCUGGCAGCUCUCCAGCAGUGCUCCUCAAUGGGAGCCCCGUCAUCAUCAAUAGCCUGGCCCUGGGUGAGGCCUCCAGCCUGGGCCCCCUGCUACUCACAGCGGGUGGGGGUGCCCCUCCACCGCAUCCCAGUCCCCAGGGGGCCAGUGAGGCCAAGACCUCCCUGGUCCUGGACCCUCAGACCGGGGAGGUUCGGCUGGAGGAGACGCAGCCUGAGGCCCCUGAGACCAAGGGAGCCCAGGUGGCUACAUCGGGGCCGGCUGGCGAGGAGACCUCAGGGCCCCUGCCCCAGGUGGUGCCUGGCCCCCCAUCAGCUGCCACCUUUCCCCUGCCACCGGGACCGGUGCCUACAGUGGCUGCUCCACAGGUGGUGCCACUCUCCCCACCGCCUGGGUACCCCGCAGGCCUGGGCCCCACCUCCCCACUGUUGAACCUGCCUCAGGUGGUGCCCACCUCACAGGUGGUGACCCUGCCCCAGGCUGUGGGGCCACUGCAGCUGUUGGCAGCUGGGCCAGGCAGCCCCGUGAAGGUGGCAGCUACAGCGGGCCCUGCCAACGUGCACCUGAUAAACUCUGGGGUGGGUGUGACCACCCUGCAGCUGCCUUCAGCCACGACUCCAGGAAACUUCCUCCUGGCAAACCCUGUGUCUGGCAGCCCCAUCGUGACAGGUGUGGCCGUGCAGCAGGGCAAGAUCAUCCUCACUGCCACCUUCCCCACCAGCAUGCUGGUCUCCCAGGUCCUGCCACCUGCCCCCAGCUUGGCCCUGCCCCUGAAGCCAGACACGGCCCUCUCAGUGCCCGAAGGAGCCCUCCCUGUGGCGCCCAGCCCCGCUCUGCCGGAGACCCACGCCCUAGGCACUCUUUCUGUACAGCAGCCACCACCGCAGCCACCGCAGCCACCACCUCCUGCUGCCACCACCACCGCGGUUGCCACCGCCGCUACAGGUCUCCCCUUCUCCCCAGACUCCCCCGGUCUCCUGCCCAACUUCCCAGCACCCCCUCCGCCAGAGGGGCUGAUGCUGUCUCCCGCCGCAGUGCCCGUGUGGCCAGCGGGGCUGGAACUGAGCACAGGAACAGAGGGGCUGCUUGAAGUGGAGAAGGGGCUGGCAACACAGGCCCCCCACACUGUGCUGAGGCUGCCAGACCCCGAGCCUGAGGGGCUGCUCCUGGGGUCCACAGCAGGGGGCGAGGUGGAUGAGGGGCUGGAAGCCGAGGCCAAGGUCCUGACCCAGCUGCAGUCAGUGCCCGUGGAAGAGCCCUUGGAACUGUGA